AUGGAGCGGCGGAUGAGCGUCGUGCAGCAGCUGGCCCGCCAGUACACGCACGCCUCGGGCAUCGAUAUUCAGGGCCAGGCCACGUCGCUGUUUGGGAACAACGAUCCUGACUCGCCCCUGAAUCCCAUGAGCAGCAAGUUUAGCGGACGCACGUGGGCGAAGACGGUGGCCAAAUAUGCUGCUGAACACGGCUCGGGGUUUCGACACAGUGGCAUUUCGUUUCGGAAUAUGAAUGUGUAUGGAUAUGGAAGCGAGACUGAUUUCCAGAAGGAUGUUGGAAACGUUUGGCUGUCGAUUCCGGAUCUUGCUCGACAGGCGUUUAGCAAGUCUAGCAAGAGACGGAUCGAUAUCCUGCGCAACUGUGAUGGUGUUCUCAAAUCUGGAGAGAUGCUCGUUGUGUUGGGACCUCCUGGAUCGGGGUGUUCCACGUUUCUCAAGUCGAUUGCGGGCGAGACGAGCGGAAUAUACAUUGACACCGAGACUCAUUUCAACUACCAGGGCAUCAGCGCAGAGGAGAUGCACACUCAGCACCGAGGUGAGGCCAUCUACACGGCUGAAGUCGACGUGCAUUUCCCCAUGCUUUCGGUUGGCGAUACGCUUUCCUUUGCCGCCAUGGCACGAGCCCCUCGAAGUCUUCCCCCCGGAGUCUCAAAUGACGAGUUUGCAGCUCACUACCGUGAUGUUGUCAUGGCCAUGUACGGCAUCAGCCACACCGUCAACACUCGCGUUGGUAACGAAUACGUUCGUGGUGUGUCUGGAGGAGAACGAAAGCGCGUCACCAUUGCCGAAGCCACUCUCUCCAACGCCCCCUUACAAUGCUGGGACAACUCUACUCGAGGUCUCGACUCGGCUAAUGCUAUCGAAUUCUGCAAGACGCUGCGUCUACAGUCUGAUACUUUUGGCCAGACGAGCGCGGUGUCCAUCUAUCAGGCGCCGCAAAGUGCUUAUGAUGUCUUUGACAAGGUGUUGGUUUUGUAUGAGGGACGACAGAUUUUCUUUGGCCCUACCGACAAGGCUAAAGAGUAUUUCGAAAACUUGGGCUUUGAAUGUCCUGCACGUCAAACUACGCCCGAUUUCCUGACUUCCAUGACGGCGCCAACGGAACGAAUUGUUCGUCUUGGUUGGGAAAGUCGCGCACCUCGUACUCCUGAUGAAUUCGCUACUUGCUGGAGGAACAGCAACAACUACAAGGCCCUCCAAGCCGAGAUUGAGAGCUACAACGCGGAGCAUCCCAUUGAUGGAACCGACGCCCAGGCCUUCCGCGAGCACAAGAAAGCUACUCAGGCCAAACGUCAACGCGUCAAGUCUCCCUACACCCUCUCGUACUCUCAGCAAGUGCGUCUCUGCCUCUGGCGCGGAUGGCGAAGAUUAAAGGGCGAUCCUAGUCUGACCAUCUUUUCGCUCCUAUCCAACUCUGUCAUGGCCCUCAUCAUUUCGUCCUUGUUCUACAACUUGCAGCCAACAACGGGCAGUUUCUACUCGAGGGCCGCUGCCCUCUACGUCGCCAUCUUGUCCAACGCCUUCUCCAGUGCCCUUGAAAUUUUAACGCAGUACGCUCAGCGGCCGAUUGUCGAGAAGCAUCAGCGAUAUGGAUUCCAUCUUCCGUCAGCUGAAGCCUUUUCCUCUGUGCUUUGCGAUAUGCCGUACAAGAUUGGGAAUACGAUUUGCUACAACUUGGUCCUGUACUUUAUGGUCCAUCUUAAUCGUACCCCCGGAGCCUUCUUCUACUUCCUGCUUGUAACGUUUCUCAUGGUGCUGGCCAUGUCUGGAAUUUUCCGAUCAAUUGCUGCCCUAUCGCGAACCCUUUCGCAGGCCAUGGUUCCGGCCUCGCUCCUGAUUCUCGCCAUGGUCAUCUUCACUGGAUUCGUCAUCCCCGUCGACUACAUGCUUGGGUGGUGUCGCUGGAUCAACUAUCUCGAUCCCGUCGCCUACGGAUUCGAAGCCCUCAUGAUCAACGAGUUCCACGGCCGCGAGUUUGAAUGCAACUCGUUUGUUCCGAGCAGCCUCAUCCCGGGCUAUGAAAACGUGACAUCGACACACCAAGCUUGUACCGCCGUCGGAUCCGUUCCCGGACAGGCUCUUGUCAAUGGCGAUGCCUACAUCAACUCGCAGUACAAGUACUUUCACGCCCACAAGUGGCGCAACGUCGGAAUCCUGAUUGCUUUCCUCCUCUUCAACCACUUGGUAUACUUUGUCGCGACGGAUGUGAUUCAGGCAAAAAAGUCCAAGGGCGAGGUCCUUGUCUUCCGUCGCGGCCAGCUUCUUACUUCGGCCGCCAAAAAGGGCGACAUGGAAUCUUCCUUGUCUGGACCAGUUCCUGUUGUUGAAAAGGGCUCGGAGAUUCCCAAGGAGUCGAGCGGCGCCAACAUUCAGGCAUCUACGAGUGUAUUCCACUGGGGUAAGGUGUGCUAUGACAUUAAAAUCAAGGGCGAACCACGACGAAUUCUGGACCAUGUGGACGGCUGGGUCAAGCCUGGAACACUCACAGCGUUGAUGGGCGUAUCUGGCGCUGGUAAAACUACGUUGCUCGAUUGUCUGGCUGAUCGUAUCUCCAUGGGAGUUAUCACGGGAGAAAUGCUGGUGGACGGCAAGAUUCGCGAUAAUUCGUUCCAACGAAAGACGGGAUACGUUCAGCAGCAAGAUCUUCAUCUGGAGACUACAACCGUUCGUGAGGCUUUGGAAUUCAGCGCUCUGCUUCGACAGCCGGCUAGUACGCCUCGGGCUGAGAAGCUGGCAUACGUCGACGAAGUCAUCAAGCUGCUGGACAUGCAAGAAUAUGCCGAUGCCGUCGUCGGUGUGCUUGGCGAAGGUCUUAAUGUUGAACAGCGAAAGAGACUGACAAUCGGAGUCGAAUUAGCAGCCAAACCCCCGUUGCUGCUGUUUGUCGACGAGCCAACCUCCGGUCUUGAUUCCCAGACAUCGUGGGCCAUCCUCGACCUCCUCGAAAAGCUCUCCAAGGCCGGCCAGUCUAUUCUCUGCACCAUCCACCAGCCAUCCGCCAUGUUGUUCCAACGCUUCGACCGUUUGCUUUUCCUGGCUAAAGGCGGCCGCACCGUGUACUUUGGCGACAUUGGCGAGAACUCGUCCACCAUGACUGCGUAUUUCGAGAAGCAGGGCGCGCCCAAGUGUCCGCCCAGCGAGAAUCCCGCCGAGUGGAUGCUUUCUGCUAUUGGAGCUGCCCCGGGAUCUACGACGGACAUUGACUGGCACCAGGCUUGGCUUAAUAGUUCUGAGUAUCAAGAGGUUCAGGCUGAGCUGCAGCGCCUCAAGGACGAAGGCAACAGCCACGGCGCCGACUUGAUCAACGACAAGGCUUCGUAUGCCGAAUUCGCAGCCCCCUUUUGGUCGCAGUUCUUCAUUGUUACCCAGCGUGUCUUUCAGCAGAUCUGGAGAACUCCCUCGUACAUUUACUCCAAGUUCUUCCUCUGUCUAUUCGUGUCGCUGUUUAUCGGUCUCGUCUUCCUCAACGCCCCGCUGACUAUCCAAGGCUUGCAGAACCAAAUGUUUGCCAUCUUCAACAUCUUGACCAUCUUUGGCCAGCUCGUGCAGCAGCAGAUGCCGCAUUUCGUCACCCAGCGCUCGCUCUACGAAGUCCGCGAGAGACCCUCCAAAACCUACAGCUGGAAGAUCUUUAUGCUGUCCCAGGUCGUGGCCGAGAUCCCCUGGAACUCGCUCAUGUCCGUCUUCAUGUUUGUCUGCGUCUACUACCCCGUGGGCUUCAACAAGAACGCCGUGCCCGCCGACCAGGUUGUCGAGAGAGGCGGCCUCAUGUGGCUGCUCUUCUGGCAGUUUCUCAUCUUCACGUGCACCUUUGCCCACGCCUGUAUUGCUAUUACUGAUACUGCUGAGGCUGGAGGAAACCUCGCCAACGUGCUCUUCAUGAUGUGCCUCAUCUUCUGCGGUACUUUGGCCUCGCCCGACAGCAUGCCCGGCUUCUGGAUCUUCAUGUACCGCUUAUCUCCCUUUACCUACUGGAUUUCUGCUGUGCUGUCCACCGGCCUGGCAAACACCAGCGUCACAUGCUCUGCCAACGAGCUCGUCCACUUGAACCCGCCCAGCGGCCAGACUUGCGGCGAGUAUUUGGGUGACUUUAUCACUGCCGCUGGAGGUUAUCUCCAGGAUGCCAAUGCCACGUCUGGCUGCAGCUACUGCCCGAUUGCCGACACAAACGUCUUUUUGACGAGUGUCAGCUCCAGUUACUCGCACCGAUGGCGCGACUUUGGUAUUGGAAUGGCGUACAUUAUUUUCAACAUUGCCGCGUCGCUGUUCCUCUACUGGCUGGUGCGCAUGCCCAAGAAAUGGGGCAAGAAGAAGGAUUAG